AUGGUAGCUAGUAGAGGAAAUGAAGGUGUGGCUAGAGAUGGAGGUGAAGGUGUGGCUAGAGGUGGAGAUGAAGGUGUGACUAGAGAUGGAGGUGAAAAUACCCAACAGGAAGGAGCAAUUUAUGUCAACGAAUCAAUGAACCCAGUACUAUAUAAAUCUGCUUCAAAUGUCUUUAAACAUGCAACAAAGUGCCAAUUUUCAGGUCAACGUUUGUUCACUGUUACUUCAAGUCAACGUUUGCUCACUGAUGCUUCAAGUCAACGUUUGCUCACUGAUGCUUCAGGUUGCGUGUCUACGGACUUUCCCAUAAACUCUACUAAAAAAUUAAUUCAUCCAACGUCUCCCGCAAGAACAAGAUUUGCCCCAUCACCUACCGGAUUUCUACAUUUAGGCUCGUUACGAACAGCUUUGUACAACUAUUUAUUAGCAAAAAACACCGGUGGACAGUUUAUACUACGUAUAGAAGAUACAGAUCUGCUGCGACUUGUCCAGGGCGCAGAAAACAACAUCCUUGACACAUUGAAAUGGUGCAAUUUAGAUAUAGAUGAAGGUCCUGAAAAGGGCGGACCCUUUGGGCCUUAUCGACAGUCACAAAGAAAGCACAUUUACCAAAAGUAUGCUCAAGAGCUAUUGGAUAGAAAAUUAGCUUACAAAUGCUACUGCUCAAAGUCUCGCUUGGACCAAUUAAGAGAAUCAGCUAAACGUUUAAAACCACGUACAACUGUUUCCUACGAUAGAAAGUGUUUGAACUCACCCGAUUAUGGUGAAGAAUCCUAUGUGAUUCGUUUCAAGUCACCAAAUGAGUAUCCCACAAUCACUGAUCUUCUACAUGGUGACUUGAGCUUGCAACCACAAUAUAAUCUCAAAGAUAAAAGAUUCGACGAUUUUGUCAUAUUGAAAAACGACGGCAUGCCGACGUACCAUUUUGCCAAUGUUAUUGACGAUCACCUCAUGAAAAUUACGCAUGUCAUUAGAGGCGAAGAAUGGUUGUCAUCAACUCCGAAACAUAUAGCCCUUUAUACCGCUUUUGGAUGGGAACCUCCCAAGUUUGCACAUGUUCCACUUUUAACGUCAUUGGAAGAUAAGAAAUUAUCAAAAAGAAAAGGUGACUUGAACGUUAUUCAUUUGCGCGAACAAGGAAUACUACCUCAAGCAUUGUUGAAUUUUGUAGCUUUAUUCGGUUGGUCCCCACCGAGGGAACUUCACCAAAAACUAACUGAGGUAUUUAGCUUGAACCAGUUAAUUGAGUUGUUUUCUCUAGAUCAAUUGACCAAGGGAAAUGCUAAAGUGGCUGAUCUGAAAUUGCACUUUCUUCAAAAGGAACAUUUUCAACUCGUUUGUAAGGAUCCAAAAAGUGUGGGAAAAAUGAUUGAUGAAGUUUAUGAAGAGUUUCAAAAAAUCGGAGCAGUCAAGAGUAAAGAAAAUUUAAGAGCAGCUUUAGUUACAUUGGCCCCAUAUAUAACCAAUGUCAAUGAAUUAAAGGAUCACGCAUACCUUUUUAAGGAUUUGGAUUACUCAAACAUUGAUCCCCCGAAACGACUUUCUCAAGCUCAAAAAAUUCUUGAAAGUGUUAUAAUAGAUGGAACUAAAGGUAUUGUUGACCGUUUAGUCAACAAUAUGGGAGUACCCAAAAAGGAUGUAUUUGAGAUCCUAAGGUUACUGUUAAGUGGUGGUAAAAAGGGAGUUCCUGUCCCGAAAAUAAUCGAACUCCUAGGGGAAGAAGAAUGUAUUACUAGAGCAAAGAAAAUGGUAGACUUAUUAGAGAGAGUGAAAUAA